AUGCAGCUCGAACCGCACUUGACGCAAUUAUUUAUUAACAAUAAACCAACAAGCGUCACUGUACAUAAUCCGGCUACGGGGGAGCGAGUCAGCGAUCGUAUCCCUGUCGCUGGCAACGAAGACGUGAACGAAGCUGUUGCUUGCGCCAACGAGGCAUUCAAGCCAAACUCGCCCUGGCGGCAAAUGACACACACCGAGAGAAGGGACAUCUUGCUCAAAUUCGCGGAUCUCCUUGAGGCCAAUCAAGAGCGCCUUGCUUACCUCACUCGAUUGACCCUUGGAGCUCCAUACCUUCCAUUUGGCAAGUCUGAAAUUGGAACAGCUAUCGGUUGUUUUCGCUAUUACGCUGGGUGGGUGGACAAGCAUGCUGGUCAGAGUUUCCCAGCAGAUGAUGGAUUUUACAAAAUAGUGCGAAACGAGCCGCUUGGAGUCGUAGCAGGCAUUAUCCCAUGGAAUGGCCCAUUGGCGUCUGUUGGCCUCAAAGCAGCCCCAGCACUUGCAACUGGCAACGUCUUCAUCCUGAAGCCCAGCGAAAAGACGCCUUUCAUGGCCGCAGAGCUUGGAAAGCUUGUGCUUGAGGCCGGCUUCCCUCCUGGCGUUUUCCAGGUUUUGACAGGUGAUGGUUCGACAGGUGCAGCUCUCGCUUCGCAUAUGCGCGUUGCAAAGGUAAGCUUCACAGGAAGUAUCCCGACAGGAAAGAUCGUGCAGGUUCUGGCAGCCCAAAGCAACUUGAAGCGGGUGACGCUGGAGCUCGGAGGAAAGAGUCCUGCUGUGGUCUUUGACGAUGCGAAUCUCGAGAACGCAGUCAAAUGGGCUGUCAACGCACUCGUCACCAACUCUGGUCAGAUUUGCUUCGCAGCGACCAGAGUCUUUGUGCAAUCCAAGAUUUACGACAAAUUCGUAGCAGCUUACGUGGAGCGUCUCAAGGCAAAGAAGGAGGUUCUCGGUGACCCGGAGGCGCCCGGUACCGAGAUAGGACCUGUCGUGGACAAAACCCAGUACGAUCGCAUCAUGGGUUUUAUAUCUUCUGCCAAGGAGAACAAUGACGGAAAAGUAUUGACUGGCGGGCAACGAGUGGGUGAAAAGGCGAGUGACGGAUACUUUAUCGAACCCACCGUUUUUGCCGAGACAGACAAGACAUCCUUCAUCUACAAGGAAGAGAUCUUUGGACCAGUCGCUGUUAUCAACAAGUUCGACACGGAGGAGGAAAUCCUCGAGUUAGCCAACGACAGCAAGUACGGACUCAUGGCCGGGGUCUUCACUCAGGAUAUCAGCCGGGCGCUUCGUUUGAGCUCGCUGAUUGACUCUGGAGUUGUGGGCAUCAACUGCAUCAGCACUAUCUCGUUUUCGUGUCCUUUUGGUGGUACCAAGGAAAGCGGACUUGGUCGAGAGAAUGGAGAGCACGCGUUGAGGGCAUAUACAGAGCCAAAGACAAUUCUGAUCAACAUGGCAUACUAG